AUGAAUCACAUCGCCAUCUCGGUACCAGAUCUCGAGGCAGCCAUCAAGUUCUACACGGAGAUCCUCGGCUUCGUCGAAGUCCGUCCCGCUUCGUUCACAGAACGCGCGGCCAGCCCAGAUGCCAGCAUCUUCAAGAUCUACCCAGCCAGCUUACAGAGCGUGAAAGUCGCCUAUCUUACCACCGGGAAUGGAUGCGGCAUAGAGCUCUUUCAGUUUAUGGCGCCCCGGUCCGGCGCCGAUGACAACAACAACUUUGAACGGGACUACUUCAAGGGCGGUCUUUUCCACUAUUGUGUCACAAUUCGCAACCCGACGGAAAUGUGCGAAGCCAUCGUCAAGGCAGGCGGCAGGAAGAUUGGGGACGAUGUUGACUUGCAUAGCGGCAACAAGGCUAUUUACGCCGCGGAUCCUUGGGGUAACGUGAUUGAGUUGCUCAGUUGUAGCUUCGAGAGGUUGAUGGCGAACCGCUAG